CAAUGAGAGAGAUUGUAAUCAGUAAUUGACUGAUUGUUACACUCAAGGCUCUCACAUCUUUCUGUUUGCUCUCCUACAUUUACUUAUGUGUCUUUAUCAUCGUUUCUCUCUGUGAAUUAGUUUCUAUGUAUUGUAAUUGUCUCUCAAAUUAUUGAUUAUUAACAUUUUCUGUUUUUUCAUUGUUAUUAUGAAUAAUUGAUGAAGAAAUCAACAUGUCAGUGAAAUUAUCAAGUAAACAAUUUAAACAGGAUAUCAAUUCAUUGUUCAUCAAAUUACAUUCGAUAUUAACUGGAUUAGAAGCCAAGAUAAUUGAGAGAGACGAAUCUCUCCGAGAGGAGGUUAAACAAGAGAUCCUCGCCAAUCUAAUUCUUAAAGAUGAUAAUUAUAAGGAUAAUAAACCGAAAGAUACAAAGGUAGCAGAUACAAAAGCAGACAAUCCCGUCUCAAUGGUAGUUCCAGUCGACCCCAAUCAAUUCAUCGGUACAACAAUAAAACAUACUUCUAGCUAUAUAUCAGAUCAAACAAUCAACUUGACCAUAAGAGCUGGAGUCUCUAAUAAUAAUUUAAACAAAUCUACUUCUAACUGCCACAAUUCAACAGGUUCCACCAUCAAAAACAACACCAACACCAACACUUCAACCACAUCCACAGCCACAGCCACAAGCACAGCCACAGGCAACGCCACCACUACGUCAACUUGUAACACAAACAACAUAGUGAAAAUCCAUAGCAAUAGUAACAAUGGAAACAGCAAUAGCAAUUCAAACACCAGUUUUAACAUGAGCAAUGAUAAUGAAGGCCACAGUUCGAGACAGGAUUGCGAUAGUCAGGACGAACCUUUUAAGACAAUCAACAACUCGAUUGGAAAUAAUUUUACAAACAACAAUUCUGUUUCAGUGCCAAGUUCGAAUGCCAGUCCGUCAACAGCCAAUAAAGAAGUAAACAAUCGAGUGAAAGAGAAUCGAUGUCCGAUGUGUGCUCAAAGAUUCACGCAACUUAAUUCAUUAAAGAGACACAUCAGAUCACAUACAGGAGAACGACCUUUUCCUUGUGGCUACUGCGAAAAGAGAUUCGUUGACCGAGAAAGGCUGAAGGUACAUGUAAGGAUUCACACGGGAGAGAAACCCUUUAGUUGUAACUUGUGUAGUCGUCGAUUUAGCCAAAAGUCGACGGUGAAAAGGCACAUGUCUGUUCACACGGGAUUAAAGCCGUUCCAAUGUAGUUCAUGUUCAAAAAGAUUUGGAACUCGAGAUAAUCUUAGAGUUCAUGAAAAAAGUCAUUUCCAAGUCGAUACUAAGUUUAAAAACAUCAACAGCAAUCAAGUCCAAUCUGAUAACAUGGACUACUUGUGAUUAUCACAAUGGGUUGAUAAUUGAUUCUCCACAGUUGAUCAUACGGCUCAAAUUGACAAAUGAUUUUCAUCAUUUCAUUUUCGUGUUGAUUAAUUAGUAAAACUUUAUUCAAUUCACAUGCACUCACAGCCAGUCAAUGAUUGAAUUCAUAAUAUAAUUUGCUUAUUAAUCAUAUUUUUUUAUCUUACGAAUUGCGAUUCAUUCAUCAUGAUUUGAUCAACUUGCUAAUUACAAUAAUAUAAAUAUCUGAAGUAUUUUCAGUCUUUCAUAUUUGCUUGAUUUUUGGUUGAAUUAAAUCGACUCAAUUAGCUUGUUAUUAACCAUAAUUGUUUAUUAAAGAUUAAAAUGUAAA